UCCGGGCGGCCCUUGCCGCGCGCCCGGGGACUCCCGCGGCCCACAGUGACCCGCCGCCGGCUCCUCUCCGGCCCUCUGCUCGGGGAGCCUGUCCUCCCCGCGGGGUCCGCCGGCGCUAUGGAGCGCACGGCAGAUCCGCCCCGGGGCGGCUUUGCUGGCCAGGUUUUCGAAAGCAGAGCCCCGGGGGCCCCGCUGGACUGUGGCGUGCGGGACCACGGUCCCCGUGCCGACCCCCAGGCUCCGCGAGGGACUGCUGCCGGGGCUCCCCAUCCGGCGCCCGAGCUGCCGCCGUGCUCCGGGGCUGCGUUCCUGCCUGCCACCCCCGACCCGGAGGAGCUGAGCGCCCGAUUGCUGCGCCCCGCACGGGCCAGCUCGGCGCCCGCGACGCCGAGACAGCCCCCGGACUCUGCCAGGUGGAUGUUGUGCGUAGCCGGAGACAAGUUGAAGAGAGAACUCGAUGCCACCGCGACAGUGUUGGCGAACCGUCAGGAUGAAAGCGAACAGUCCAGGAAGCGGCUCAUCGAGCAGAGCCGCGAGUUCAAGAAGAACACUCCGGAGGAUUUGCGCAAGCAGGUAGCGCCGCUGCUGAAGAGCUUCCAGGGGGAGAUUGAUGCACUGAGUAAAAGAAGCAAAGAGGCUGAGGCGGCCUUCUUGAAUGUCUACAAGAGACUGAUCGACGUUCCAGAUCCCGUGCCAGCUCUGGACCUCGGGCAACAGCUGCAGCUCAAAGUGCAACGCCUGCACGACAUUGAAACAGAGAACCAGAAACUUAGGGAGACUCUCGAAGAAUACAACAAGGAAUUCGCCGAAGUGAAAAACCAAGAGGUUACGAUAAAAGCACUUAAAGAGAAAAUCCGAGAAUACGAGCAGACGCUGAAGAGCCAGGCCGAGGCGAUCGCGCUCGAGAAGGAACACAAGCUGCAGAAUGAUUUUGCUGAGAAGGAGAGACAGCUGCAAGAGACUCAGAUGUCGACCACCUCGAAGCUGGAGGAAGCGGAACACAAACUUCAGACUCUGCAAACAGCCCUGGAAAAAACUCGAACAGAAUUAUUUGACCUGAAAACCAAAUACGAUGAAGAAACUACUGCAAAGGCCGACGAGAUCGAAAUGAUCAUGACCGACCUGGAAAGAGCAAACCAGAGGGCAGAGGUGGCUCAGCGAGAGGCGGAGACCUUACGGGAGCAGCUCUCCUCGGCCAACCACUCUCUCCAGCUGGCCUCCCAGAUCCAGAAGGCGCCGGAUGUGGAGCAGGCCAUAGAGGUGCUGACUCGCUCCAGCCUAGAAGUUGAGUUGGCCGCCAAGGAGAGGGAGAUCGCCCAGCUGGUGGAGGACGUGCAGAGACUCCAGGGCAGCCUCACCAAGCUGCGGGAGAACUCGGCCAGCCAGAUCUCCCAGCUGGAGCAGCAGCUGAGUGCCAAGAACAGCACGCUCAAGCAACUGGAAGAAAAACUCAAAGGCCAGGCUGACUAUGAGGAGGUGAAGAAAGAACUGAAUAUCCUGAAGUCCAUGGAGUUCGCGCCGGCUGAGGGAGCUGGGACGCAGGACGCAGCCAAGCCCCUGGAGGUGCUGCUGCUGGAGAAGAGCCGCUCCCUGCAGUCUGAGAACACGGCGCUGCGCGUCUCCAACAGCGACCUGAGCGGGUCAGCCAGGAGAAAAGGGAAAGACCAGCCUGAGAGUCGGCGCCCUGGACCCUUGCCGGCCUCCCCUCCUCCUCAGUUGUCCCGCAACGCGGGGGAGCAGGCUUCCAAUACUAAUGGUACACACCAGUUCUCACCAGCGGGGUUAAGUCAAGACUUUUUCAGCUCAUCCCUGGCAAGCCCCAGCCUGCCCCUGGCUUCUACAGGAAAAUUUGCACUAAACUCUCUCCUCCAGCGGCAGCUCAUGCAGUCCUUCUACUCCAAGGCCAUGCAGGAAGCAGGAAGCACAAGCAUGAUUUUUUCAACAGGUCCAUACAGCACAAACUCCAUAUCUUCCCAAAGUCCAUUACAACAAAGCCCAGACGUAAAUGGCAUGGCCCCAUCCCCCAGCCAGUCAGAAAGUGCUGGGAGCGUCUCCGAGGGCGAGGAGAUAGACACUGCAGAAAUCGCCCGACAGGUCAAAGAGCAGCUGAUCAAGCACAAUAUUGGACAGCGCAUUUUCGGACAUUAUGUCUUGGGACUGUCUCAAGGGUCCGUGAGUGAGAUCCUGGCCCGGCCGAAGCCAUGGAAUAAGCUGACCGUCCGCGGCAAGGAGCCGUUCCACAAGAUGAAGCAGUUCCUCUCAGACGAGCAGAACAUCUUGGCUCUUCGCAGCAUCCAAGGCAGACAAAGAGAGAAUCCAGGCCAGAGCCUGAACAGACUAUUUCAGGAAGUACCGAAACGAAGAAAUGGGUCUGAAGGUAACAUCACCACCCGCAUCCGAGCCUCUGACACUGGUUCCGAUGAAGCAAUCAAGUCCAUCCUGGAACAAGCCAAGAGGGAGCUUCAAGUACAGAAAACUGCAGAGCCAGCCCAGCCGUCUUCCGCAUCCAGCAGCGGGAACUCUGACGAUGCCAUCCGCUCCAUCCUGCAGCAAGCCCGCCGGGAAAUGGAGGCCCAGCAGGCCGCCCUAGACCCUGCCUUAAAACCAGCGCCGCUGUCCCAGCCUGACCUCGCCCUCCUGACCCCCAAGCUCCUGUCGGCCGCGCCCAUGCCCACAGUGCCCGGUUAUUCUCCUCUCGCCAUCUCCCUGAAGAAGACGCCCACCGCCCCCGAGGCCAGUGCCCCGGCCCUGCCCAGUGCCCCGGCCCUCAAAAAGGAGGCCCAGGAUGUGCCCGGGCUGGACCCUCAGGGAGCAGCUGACGCUGCACAAGGGGUCCUGAGGCACGUGAAGAGCGAGCUGGGCCGUAGCAGCGGGUGGAAGGACCACUGGUGGAGCCCAGUGCAGCCUGAGAGGAGAAACCCCCCUUCCUCCGAGGAGCCGAAGGCCGAAGAAGCUGGAGGCGGGAGAGAAAGGGUCAGCGGCCAGCCCCGGGCCGAGCGCAGCCAGCUCCCAGGACCUUCGUCAUCAUCAGAGUGCUGGAAAGAGUGGCCAAGUGCCGAGUCCCCGUACUCCCAGAGCUCAGAGCUGAGCGUCGCCGGAGCCAGCCGCAGCGAAACACCCCAGAACAGCCCCCUGCCCUCCUCCCCUAUUGUGCCCAUGGCAAAGCCCGCGAAGCCCUCAGUCCCUCCGCUGACCCCUGAGCAGUACGAGGUCUACAUGUACCAGGAGGUAGACACCAUCGAGCUCACCCGGCAGGUCAAGGAGAAGCUGGCCAAGAAUGGCAUCUGCCAAAGGAUCUUCGGGGAGAAGGUGCUGGGCCUGUCCCAGGGCAGUGUGAGUGACAUGCUGUCCCGGCCGAAGCCCUGGAGCAAGCUGACCCAGAAGGGCCGGGAACCCUUCAUCCGGAUGCAGUUGUGGCUGAACGGCGAGCUGGGCCAGGGUGUGCUGCCCGUGCAGGGCCAGCAGCAAGGGCCAGCCCUCCACUCGGCGACCUCGCUGCAGGACCCGCUCCAGCAGGGCUGCGUGAGCUCAGAAAGCACUCCAAAGACCUCCGCCAGCUGCAGCCCUGCCCCCGAGUCCCCGAUGAGUUCCAGUGAGUCCGUGAAGAGUCUGACGGAGCUGGUCCAGCAGCCCUGUCCCCCCAUCGAGACCAGUAAAGAUGGCAAACCACCAGAACCCACCGACCCGCCGGCUCCAGACUCCCAGCCUACAACCCCUCUGCCUCUCUCCGGUCACUCGGCCCUCAGCAUCCAAGAGCUAGUAGCCAUGUCUCCAGAGCUGGACACCUACGGCAUAACCAAGAGGGUUAAGGAGGUGCUGACGGACAACAACCUUGGUCAGCGCUUGUUUGGGGAGACCAUCCUGGGGCUCACCCAAGGCUCCGUCUCUGACCUCCUUGCCCGCCCUAAACCCUGGCACAAGCUCAGUCUGAAGGGACGGGAGCCCUUUGUCCGGAUGCAGCUGUGGCUAAAUGAUCCCAACAACGUGGAGAAGCUGAUGGACAUGAAGCGGAUGGAGAAGAAAGCCUACAUGAAGCGAAGGCACAGCUCCGUCAGCGACAGCCAGCCCUGUGAACCCCCCGCGGUGGGCAUUGACUACAGCCAGGGUGCCAGUCCCCAGCCACAGCACCAGCUGAAGAAGCCCCGCGUGGUGCUGGCUCCCGAAGAGAAGGAGGCUCUGAAGCGAGCCUAUCAGCAGAAGCCAUACCCGUCACCAAAAACCAUCGAGGAGCUCGCCACCCAGCUCAACCUGAAGACCAGCACCGUCAUCAACUGGUUCCACAACUACAGGUCUCGGAUCCGCAGAGAGCUCUUCAUCGAGGAGAUCCAGGCCGGGAGCCAGGGCCAGGCGGGCGCCAGCGACUCGCCGUCGGCCCGGAGCGGCCGCGCCGCGCCCAGCUCGGAGGGCGACAGCUGCGACGGCGUGGAGGCCGCCGACGCUGAGGAGCCGGGCGGCCCCGCGGCCGCCGCCAAGUCUCAGGGAGGGCCGGCCGAGGCGGCCUCGGCCCCGGCACCGCGGGAGGAGGCGCCGCGGCCGGCGGAGAGGGCGGAGCCGCCGCCGCCGGGGACCCCGGGCCCGGACGACGCCGACGACGCGGGACGGCCCCGGCCGCCGGACGGCCCCGACGGCCCGGCGCCCGUGCCAAACCCCGCCGCCGCGCCUGCGACCGGGGAGGACGCCGCUACCUCAGCCGCCGCGCCCGCAGAGGGCCCCGGCGCGGCCCGGGACGGCGCCGAGCGGAGUUGCGCCUUGCCAAGCACCAGCGCGCCCGCGGCCGCGCGCAGGCCCAGCUCGCUGCAGAGCCUCUUCGGCCUGCCCGAGGCGGCGGGCGCCCGGGACUCGCGGGACAACCCCCUGCGCAAGAAGAAGGCCGCCAACUUGAACAGCAUAAUCCACCGCCUGGAGAAGGCCGCCAGCCGGGAGGAGCCCAUCGAAUGGGAGUUCUGAGGGCGGCCCGCCGGC